AGUGUUUUAUUUUUAUUUCUGUUAAGAAACGUAAUAGACCGUUGUUUUCUUUAUAUUUCAUAAGUCGCCAAAACAUUAUAUCUACUUUAAAACUGCUAUUUUGGCAAUUUAGGCCUUUUAUUUAACAAAAAAAAAAAAGUUUUUCGCAAUGCUAGAACCCGGUCUAGUACCCGAUGGAAGGCCAGAAUUAUUUGAUAUCCGGGCUAUGCCUGAACAACCACAAAUUCUUAAGCCUGGUCAGUUAGAGGAGAGUUUGAUACGAGAAUUUUUUGAGAAGGGAUAUCUGCUGGUGCCUAAGUUCUUCACGGAGGAAGAACUUGAACCUUGUAGAAAGGCUAUAGAGAGACUCGUUGGCGGCCUGGCCCAAUUGCUGUACGACGGGAGAAAGAUCAAAAAUUUGUACAAGGAACACGACUUGUUCCACAGGUUGACCUACAUUGAAAAAGAAUUUCCCGGUGCGAACAUUAUCCUGCACAAACAAGGGAAGCCAAAUGAGGCACACGAGGCUUUUCAUAAGCUAUGGUCAAACGAGAGAUUGUUGAAUGUGAUUGAGCAGCUGAUUGGACCAGAGAUUGCGGGUCAUCCCGUCUGGAAUCUCAGAACAAAGACACCAGACAACGAGGCUACAACUGUCCCAUGGCACCAAGACAGUGCGUAUUUAGACAACGACUCCUACAAUGUUCUACAGCCAACUGCGUGGAUUCCUUUUGUGGAUACGGAUGAAGAAAAUGGAUGCAUGGAGGUAAUAUCAGGUGGUCACCUGGCUGGCAAAGUGGCCAGACACACCUGUUGCUGGGGAGACACCUGGUAUAUUGAAACAGAUGUAGAGCAUGCGGAAAAAACUCUGAAUGUAGAUUUUGUGAAGGACAAAGUCCUGUGUCCAGUCCCCUAUGGUGGAAUGUUGCUGAUCAACAACAUGAUACCACAUAGGAGCCUCAACAACCGUUCUGACAUCAUCCGUUGGAGUAUCGACCUGCGUUGGCAGGAUCCAGAGAAACCUAUCGGCUUCUACGGCAUCAAGCCUGGCGUGCUGAUGAGGUCCCAGAAACAUCCCGUGGAGAAAAUUGACUGGGAGGCAUUCACUAGUGUUGACAGGAUCUGCGGGGCUGCCAAGAAAAGCACGAAUCGCGAAGAAGAGGAUCCUUUCGAUACCACAAUCAAAGGACCCUGGAUGUUGAAAUGGGAGAUAACACAUCGGAACCGUCACACAGAAAAACUGUUGUCUAGUGGUUUAUCGGGAUUGAAAUUGUCAAAUAAAUAAAUAAAUAGAUACAACUGUC